UAGACUAAAAUCUAUGCUAAAAUCCAUACAGCAAGAAGCUUGUGAAAAAUUUAAAAAGAUAUUGGAUAGUAUUGAAAUUCUAGAAAAUGAAUUAAAAAAUCAACAUAAAGAUAAUAGAUCAAAAAGAGUGUCAAAUUUAGCUAGUGAAAAUAAGAAUAAAUUAACACAAAUAGCAACUGACAAUGAUGAAAAAGUAGAAAUUUUAGAAGCAAAAGAAAAAUACUUUAAAGAUGAGUUAAAAAAAGCUCUUGACAGAAAACCAAAUUUGGGCUCAAUAAAGAAAAUGAAUUAUAUGUCCCAAGUAUUAAUACUAGAGGAACAAAUUUGUAAGCUAAAAAAUUAUGACAAAUUGCAAAAUAAUUUAAUUAAUUUAAUUCAAGAAAAUAAAAAUUUGCUAACCAAAAAUUUCAAUCUAAGAAAGCAAUUGAUUUUAAAUAGGGUAAAGAAUAAUGAUACAUUACUAAAAAUUGAAAAAGAUCUAGAAAACAGAAAUUAUGCUAAUAAACAACUAGAAAAACAAAUAUAUGGAUAUAUUGAGAAUCUAAAAAAAAAUUCUAGUAUAGCAAGUUAUACUGAAAACCAGAAUAAUAUUCAAAAAACAGGACAGAAUAAAGAAUUCUUAGCAAAUGAAAGAAGCAAUGAAAAAAUGAAAGAGAUGCUAAACCAUUUUAAAAUAAAAAAAAUUGAAUUAGAAAAGAUAUAUAAAAAUGCUAGAAUAUGGAGAGAGUCAGUAUUUGCUAUUAAAAGCUGUAAAGAAUUAAUUCAAAUUGUUGCUACCUGUAAUGAAAAAUUAGAAAUAUUAGAAGCAAAAAUAGAUUAUAUUACUACUGAGUUAGAACAAGCAUUAAUAGACACAGAUUAUUCAUGUCUUUUAAAAGAAAUUAAUUUUGAGUCCCAAAUCUCAAAAUUAAAAUCACAAAUUAAAAUUCUGAAAAAUGAUGAUUAUAAAAAAUUAAAAAUUAUAUUAAGUGAUUUAAGUAAGGAAAAUAGUAAAUUAGUAAUUGAAAAUAUUGAAAAAAAUUAA